UUAAUAUUAUUUUGUCAGCUGCUGCGCCGUUAAAAAUAGGAAAAAUAGCCCUAAGCCGUUAAAUGCUCCCCUAAAUGGUAAUAUCCGACCAAGAGAUCUCCCGCUGCCUUGAGUCCCUCCUCCGUCACUCCGCCCUCGGCUCCGUCACCUCCGUUAACGGCGUCGUCAGCCAUCUCGAGUCCGAGCUCGGCCUCGAUCUCUCCCACAAGACCUCCUUCAUCCGUGACCAGAUCCAGCUCUUCCUCCUCCGCCCCCCUCCAAAAGACCAUUUUGCCCUCAGCCCUAGCCCUCACUUGCACCAGUACCGCCCCUUUCCUCUUGGUUCCGCUCGUCACGGCGGGUUCGGCUACCUGAACCAUGAGCUAGGGUUUCGGCAUCCUGCUCGCCGGGCGCAGGUUAGCGGCGGUGGGGCGUCAGCCUGCAGUUCCAGCAGCAGCAGAGCAGCAGCAGCAGCCAGUUUUCAGGCGGUGACUUUUGCCGACAGCGGUUCGGCCGACGGCGAUUCCUACGGUGUUCAGGAUAGAAGUCAGGUUUUUGCAGAUAAUGAUGAUAUGCAGAAGAAAUUGGAAGAUGAAUUCAGAGUUUAUCCCACCAAGGAGGAAGCCUUCAACAUUCUCUUAGGAGUAAUAUUCACCCAAAUUAUGUCUGUGAAGAUAUUGCCCGUUCGUGAUCUUUUAUGUUUUCAUUCAUCUUUUCUUCUUUCUGAUUAUGGCCUAAUCAUUGCUCCCACUGGAGUCAAACGAAGAGGUGGCCCAGGGGGUCUGAGUAAAGUUUGUAGUGUUUCACCUGAAUUGCAGGCUAUUGUUGGUGAGCCAACCAUGGCAAGGACAGAGAUUGUGAAGCAGCUAUGGGCAUACAUCAGAAGGAAUAAUCUCCAAGAUCCUAACAAUAAAAGAAAGAUAAUAUGCAAUGAUGAACUCCGCCUUGUUUUUGAAACUGAUUGUACUGACAUGUUCAAGAUGAAUAAGCUGUUAACAAAGCAUAUCAUAACACUUCAACCGACGAGAAAUUCUGUUCCUGACUCUAAAAGGUUGAAGUCUAGUGCUGAACCUGAAGCAGUUUCUUCAACGUCAGCUGAUGUUAAGGAAUACCCUGUGUUUAUAUCAGAUGCACUGGCUGAAUUUUUCGGAACAGGUGAAAGAGAGAUGCUUGAACCAGAGGCUUUAAGGCGUAUUUUGGAGUACAUAACGGCUAACAAUCUGGAGGUUGGUAUGGAUCCAGAGAAUAAAAUGUCAGUAUCAUGCGACUCAAAGCUUCAACAACUAUUUGGAAGUGAAAAAGUACCUGCCUUGGGGAUACCAGAGAUGUUGGCUCGUCAUUUGUUCAAACAGUCCUAACAUAGAGGAUAUUGACUGGUUAGAUUUGCAGUUCGAGGGACAUCUAGUUCAUCUAGCAGUGCAGUGGACACUGAUACAACAGAAGAAACGAAAAGGAUUAGUUUGUUUAAUAUCUCUGAUCGGUUUGUAUUGUAUUAUAUUCUUCUAGACAACUUUUAGAAAAAUCGUAUGCGAAGAUUUUUUUUCGGCAUUUGCCAGAAAAUUGAAGAUAGUUGAUUAACUGCAAAGGGAAAAAAAAAAGAAGAUAAUAUCAGAUUAACUAUUUUGAAAGGACCACUGCUUAAGCUGACUACAUUUGUAAUGGGACUUAACAGCAUCAGUUUGAAUGUUGCAGCUCUCUUCAAAUUGCUUGAAAUUCUCUGAUAUAUCUCAGCAUCGAACUGUCGUGUUCUGGCGAACAAUAUUAAUGUAAAACUUAGAUGGAAGCUAUUUAUUUUUAUGCUCUGAUUUCUGAUUGUACUAUUUCAUACGUUGAUGUUGUUAUUGACAAGUAAAACCAGUGUAAAGCCUACUCGGAUCAACACGAUAUGAAUCUAUUAUUAGCAAAGGAAUUGUACUCUUA